CAAUACAGAAAUUGCUUAAAACUUAAAUGAAAACGUUGAAAAAGUAUCAUUCGAUUGCGAAACAUGAUGGGGGCCAGAAGGAGCAUGGAUCACAGAGGCGGCUUCAUUUGGCUCGUUGUGCUAGUGCUCUGUGUGUUGGCAGUGACUUGUCUGGGCGGCAAAACGACAACCAUAGUGCGGCAUACAGAUACAGUUGAUCCACAGGCUGAUGGCUUUUGGACAAACAAAACCACAUGGAAUGCACGCUGGGUGAAAUAUUGGAGAGCCAAACGCAUCUAUGAGCCUGUGUGGAAGAAAGUCUGGACACCCACAAUACAUAAUGAAUGGGUACCCCUGCCGAAUGCGCCCAAAGAGUGGGAAAAGGAGUCCCAUUAGUGAAAGGAAUUGCUAAAG